CGCAUCGUUGCCAUGAGUUGUGACACAUCUACGUCUCCCGCGCCGCUCGUAGCCGCAUCCGAUCCAGCAUUAUCCCACCAAUGGCGCGAUCCUGUCACAUGGCCCAGCAUUUCCCCAGCAAUGGCGCGAGUGCUUACGCGGUGAGGCAAUCUACAGCGCCGCGCGCCCCUCUGCGUGCGUCCUCCACCCGGUGUCACAGCGCGGCCGUCCAGCGCGCGUUCGCGCCCUUCACGUGUUCGAGGGAAUGCCCGGCCGGAGAACCUGCGCAGUGUGCGCGCGCGGAUGUCCGCCGCGCAGGCACAACGCCGGCGAUCUCCAUCUCUGGCGUGGACUGAUGUGGUAGGCCCGCCCUGGUGCCACGCUCAGUUCAGGUCCGAGCUGGUCGGCGCACAGGUAAAGAAGGUGAUUUUGUACCACACAUCUUGCCUCCCGCCCUGGCCAGAUUACACAUGUGUGCACACCAAGUGAAUGUGUUGUCUGGUUACGGUCCUGCUACCUUUGGAGCUUUGAAGUAUCUUGAUCCUGAGCAUACAUAUAGUUAAUGUCCUACUCUAUAUGCCAAAAUUUGUUGCUAGCUAGGAGUAAAAGGUUGCACAUACUUAACACUAAAGCAUCUCAAUUAUGAUCAGUGCCAAGCAAUAACAUGGCCCUUCGUGAUGUUUUGUCCGGCACUGCUUGUACCAUUUCUCCUGUAUGCAUGUGCGUCCAGAGAUUCCAGGCUGCUAUUGGCCCUAUACCUAUUCUUAUUUCUGUUCUCUGAGCUCAAAUACCGUGAAAGUGCCCAAUAGUUGGUAUGUUACAUCAUAAGCUAGUAUUUUGUACAAGGCUGACAGCUAUGUUAUGUUUGAUUAGUAUAAAGAGGCCGCCCAGCCAAAUACAACAUUAGCUGAUGCAGCUAUGGGCCCAAGACUUGACUCACGGCCACCAUAGUUCCACCCCUGUGCAGACCCCGCUUCAAGCUGACAUGAGGGCCAUGCACGUCAGUUAAAGGGAUUCUAGGGUUAGUUGGGGAACUUAGCUGUUUUUAGUGCAUACUUUGAAUCAUAUCUUAUUUGCGGCCUGCCAUGUUUUUUGGUGAAGUUAGCUCUAGACUCACUUUCCAUGAAAGUGCUCUGUAGUUGGUAUGUUAACAUCAUGAGCUAAUCUUUUUUACAUGGCUGACAGCUAUGUUCUGUUUCAUUAGUAAAGAUGAGUGUAUUGCACAGCCAUACAAGUAUACAACCAAAUACCGUUAAUUAAUGCAACUGUGGUGCCAAGACUUGACUCAUGUGCUUCCUUGUAAGUUCCAUAUCAUCCUAGUUGUUACUUGGUAAAGCUAGCUGGUUUCGGUGCAUAGUUUAACUCUCUCUCGUUUGCUGCCUCCCUUGCUUUCUGUCUUCCUAGUUCCUUCCUUUUGAUGCAUUAUUAUUGCCCUUCAUUCCUCUGAGUCCAUCUGUUUGGUUUCUCCCCUGCGCAAGGCCUGCUUUUGCUCCUGCCAUUGUCGUGCUGUCUUAGGUGUGCGGGAGAGAUGUCGGGGUUGCUUGGCACGGUUGUUGAUGCGGCAAUAGGAUGGCUGGUGGAAAGCAUCCUUGGGAACUUCUUCACUGGACAUAUGGAAUCCUGGAUUCGUGAAAUUGGGCUUGCUGAAGAUGUGGAGAAGCUUAAAUUUCAGAUGAGGUACGUGCAGAUGGUUCUUGCUGCUGCCAAGGGAAGGAGGAUUGACAAUAUGCCUCUGGCCCAGUCACUGGAUGAUCUCAGAGAGCUGCUUUAUGACUCAGAGGACGUGAUGGAUGAGCUCGACUACUACCGACUCCAGCAACAGAUUGAAGAAGGGAAAGGUUGUACUGCUCCUACUGGUACUAAUCCUGAUGGAAGCUAUGUGUCCUCAUCCACUCUAUCUUCUGUUGUUAACUUAGUACUCAGCGCCACAAGCCAAAUAACUGAUUGGAUCUCACGCGGUAGAAAAAGGAAACGUGAAGAGGAAGGGCCAGCUCAUUGUAACAUACUGCCUUUUGAGAUUAAAGAUAACAUUUCUAAGAGGAUCAAUGUAAUAGUGAAUCUUCUACACAGUAAUGGCAAUUCUGUGCAGGGGGCUCUUCAGCUUGAGAUCUUGCGCCCCAUGGCAGCAUCAAGUAAGAGUCAGAAUAUUACCAGAAAUGCUCACAUGACAACUUCUCAUUCAAUUGAACGUCAGGUGUACGGGAGGGAUGCAGAAAGAGAUGAGAUAAUAGAUCUAUUGAUAAAGGGGGGAUGUAGUGAUCUGAAUAUUUUACCAGUGGUUGGCAUUGGUGGUAUUGGGAAGACGACGCUUGCUAGAUAUGUAUACCAUGAUGAAAGAAUUACAAAUCAUUUCGAUUUGAAAAUGUGGAUUUGUGUAUCCACAAACUUCAGUGAAAGGAGACUGACAAUUGAGAUCUUAGAGCAUGUCUGUGAAGAUAGACAAGAGUAUGAAAAUGUAAGCAAUUUCAAUGUACUGCAGGAGAUCCUUUUGAAGUACAUCAGAAAGAAAAGAUUUCUGCUUGUAUUGGAUGACAUGUGGGAAGACAAGGACAAGAUUGGAUGGAUUAAACUCUUGGCUCCAUUAAAAGGUAAUCAAGUAAGUGGUUGCAUGAUACUAGCAACAACUAGAAUGAAAUCAGUUGCAGAAAUGAUACAAACGAUGGAUGAAGUCAGAAUGAGUGGCCUCAAUGAAAAGGAAUUUUGGCUGUUAUUCAAGGCAUGUGCAUUUGGUAAUGAGAACUAUGAGGGUGAUCCUUAUUUGCAGUCUAUUGGCAAACAGAUUGCUAAAGCACUAAAGGGCUGCCCACUUGCUGCACAAAGUGUUGGUGCACUUUUGAACACAAGUGUUAGUCAUAAGCAUUGGAGGACAGUUCGGUUCAAAUGGAGAUCUCUUCAAGACGAUGCCAAUGAUAUUUUACCCGUCUUGGAGCUCAGUUAUGAUUAUCUACCAGUCCACCUUCAACACUGUUUCUCAUAUUGCUCUUUAUUUCCAGAGGACAAACAAUUUGAUGGGAAAGAAUUGGUCCAUGCUUGGAUAUCACAGAAUUUUGUGCAGUGUGAAGACCCUACCAUGAAAUUGGAGGAAACAGGGCAGCAAUAUUUGGAUAGAUUAGUUGAUUUGUGCUUCUUCCAAAAAGUUGGUUCAAAGUAUGUUAUGCAUGAUCUAUUGCAUGAAUUGGCAGGGAAAGUUUCAUCAAAUGAGUGUUCUACUAUACAUGGAUUGAAACAUGAGGCAAUUCGACCAAGUGUUCGCCAUUUGUCAAUCAUAACUACUGCUUUUGAUAAAGAUAAACCUGGCAGUUUUCCUAUUGAGAAGUUUGAUAAAAUACUUCAGAAGGUUGGACCUUCACAAAAAUUGAGGACUUUGAUGUUGUUUGGGCGAAGCAGCAUAAAUUUAUUAGGGUCCUUGCGUACUUUAUGCAGGAAGGCAAAAUGUUUGAGGUUCCUAAGAAUUUAUGUGACAGAUGCUGACAUCAGCUCUAUACACAGUUUGUUAAAUCCAUACCAUCUUCGCUAUCUUAAAUAUAUUCAUGUUGUCAUUACAGACAGAUCAUUGUAUAGAGUCUACGACAACACUAUGUUUCCUCAAGCAUCGACAAGAUUUUAUCACCUUCAAGUAUUGAAUGCUGGUAUUUCAGGCAAUUUUGCUGUGCCUUCUGAUAUGCAUAAUCUUGUUAAUUUGCGCCAUCUUAUUUCUCAUGAGAAAGUGCAUCAGGCAAUAGCUUGUGUUGGCAAUAUGACCUCUCUUCAGGAACUAAGUUUCAAGGUUCAAAAUGUUGGUAGUUUUGAGAUAAGCCAACUUCAGUACCUGAAUGAGCUUGUAGUACUUCAAAUUUCUCAACUUGAAAAUGUGAAUACUAAAGAAGAGGCCAGUGCGGCCAGCCUGUUAGACAAAGAGUAUCUAGAAACAUUGUCCUUGUCAUGGGAGGAUAACAGUACGAGCCUUCAACCAGAGGCAGCAAAGGAUGUGCUUGAAGGUCUUCAACCACAUCAGGAUCUCAAAACUCUAGAAAUAACUGGGUACGGUGGCGCUACCUCCCCAACCUGGCUUUCUAAUACUUCUUCACUCAUCUUACUGCGGAUACUUCAUCUAGAGAAGUGCAGGGAAUGGCAAAUUCUUCCAACUCCUGAAAUGCUUCCUUUCCUUAGGAAGUUAACGUUGAUCAGGAUGUUUAAUUUAUUGGAAAUCUCAGUUCCUUCCUUGGAAGAGUUGAUCUUGAUCGAUAUGCCAAAAUUGGAAAAAUGUACCGGUUCUUAUGGAAUGGAAUUGACCUACAAUUUAAGGGUUUUGAUGAUCAAGAACUGCCCUCAGCUGAAUGAGCUCACUCUUUUCCACAGUUACUCUUCUUUCGACGCUGAGCAGAAAUCAUGGUUUCCAUCUCUCAGGAAACUCUCCAUCGGGCAGUGUCCUCAUAUAUUAAACAACUGGCCAAUCCUCCCACUAAGUGAAAUGGGGGCGCUCAGUGAGUUGGAGUUGAUAGACCUACAUGUUGUCGGAGUUUCAGUUCCUUCUCUGGAGAAGUUGGUGUUGACUAAAAUUCCAAACCUGGAAUUUUGCAGCAGUCUAACGACCCAAGGAGAUCAAAUGGGAUGGUCAUCCAGUCUGCGUAGACUUACCAUCCAUGAUUGCCCUUGUUUGAUAGUGCCACACCCUCUUCCGCCUUCUGCUUUGAUUUCUGAGAUGUCCAUCAGGGGAGUUCUGGGAUUUGCAAAAAUGAGUAUAAAGCAUAGAUGGUUCACUAUCGAAUCUAAUGAGUUGAGUGUGCUGGAUGACAGUAUCUUGGCAUUCGAUAACCUUAGGGGCAUAACAUCGUUUGAAAUAAGAAACUGUCCAAAUCUGCUCUGUCUUUCAAGUGAAGCUUUCAGCCACCUCAUCGCUUUAGAGAUGGUACGUAUAAACAACUGCCCUAAUUUGACCAUGUCAAGCAUUAUGCCAGAGGUUGUCCAGGAAAACUGCACGUCUGCAAGCAGCCUAGUCCUCCCAUCUCUCAAAUCUGUCAACAUUAGCAAAUGUGGCAUAACUGGGAGAUGGCUAUCUCAACUGCUUUCGCAGUCGCGGUCCAUUGAGGAGUUGCUAUUAAGUAACUGUCCACAGAUAAAAUUCGCAUCUAUCAGUCAACCUACAGAAACGGAAGGAACCAGCAGUUUGGCUUCAGCAGUGAUGACCUCAGCCCAAGAUGAACAGGAAUUGAAACUGCCAUACAAUCUCCUACGUUCUCUCAAGAAGUUAUGGAUUCAGAUGACCAUGGAUCUGGAGUUCUCUGGGGGUUACAGAGACUUCGCAGGAUGCACCUCUCUUACACAGCUUUUCCUUGAUGGUUGCCCCAAGCUGGUCUCAUCAUUGGUGGAAACAAAAGAUGAUGGUACCAUGGAGGUUGGAUUACUCCCACCAUCACUUGAAGACCUUAGUAUCGGUCCUCUCCCAGAAAACUUGCAGUCAUUCACUCCUCAAGGCCUUUUGUACCUCAAAAAGUUACGUCUAUCUAAUGGCCCAUGUUUGAAGUCUGUACAGCUGCAUUCCUGUACGGCCCUAGAGGAGCUGAAUAUCAUGAGGUGUGUCCAGCUGGCUGUACUGGAGGGCCUGCAGUUUCUCAACUCCCUUCGAACCUUGAAGAUGGAGAUGACUUCCAAGCUUUCUUCUGCAUGGGUUCUCAAACUGCAGGAGCAAGAACAGGGUGGGAAUCAAAUUCAGCUGCUUCCUCCAUCACUUGAUAAACUUGAGCUCUGGGCUCUCACGGAUAGGGUCCAAUCCCAUCUUCUGUCCCGCCUUCCCGCCAUGACCAAAUUAGCAGUACGGAGAAGUCCAGAACUGACAUCUCUACAGUUGGCAUGCUGCACGGCACUGAAAGAGUUGGAAAUUGGACACCCUAACUCCCUUGUGUCGAUCAAGGGCCUCCAGUUCUGUAGAAACCUGACAUCCUUGAAAGUAUUUAACUCCCCUGGCCUAGCUUCCUGUUUGGAGCUUGUGUCGCAUCAGCAAGGGGCCUCUGAGAUCUGGUCUGGACUGAAAACUCUUGAGAUUGAUGACGCAUCUAUACUUUCCAUGCCCUUCUGCAAACAGCUCACAUCUCUAACACACCUAGUGUUCAGUUGUCAAGGUAGUGAACAGAGAGAGAGCUUGGUGAGCCUAACAGGGGAACAAGAGAGAGCGUUACAGCUUCUAACCUCCCUCCAAAAACUUGAAUUCUGGGGGUACACGAAUCUCUUGUCACUUCCUGCAAACCUUCAUAGCCUGAUCUCCCUUGAGAGGUUAUUUAUCUUUCGUUGUCAGUGCAUCACAAGGCUGCCAGACAUGGGCCUCCCAACUUCGCUCAGAUCUCUUGAGUUAUCCUAUUGCAGUGAGGAGCUAGGUAUGCACUGCAGAAUUGCAGCAACGGAGAAGCUAAUAGUGAGGAUUGAUGGUCAGUAUGUGAAUUAAUCACCAAUAUCUACUUCUAAGACUGCAGCCACCCCAGAUGUUGUACAUAUUUCUGUGCUCGCUGUCAACGGCACAUCUGUGACAAGUGCCAUAUUCGGUUUCCCACGAGCUACUCUAGCUUCAUGAUGGACGGAUGCAGGAAACCGUAUGUUGAAAGUGCAAGUCUUUUUUGUUUAUCAGGGGCAUUAUGACCUUUUGCUCAUCUUGUGUCUCUUCUAGUCGGUGGCUGGCCGUGAGCUAUGCUAUAGCAAGCCUUACCAUGUAAAACCACACAGCGGACUGCUGGAACCAACCUCACGCAGGAUGCUUAAUGUUACCAUGUUACAUCGCCGCAUUUGGAAUAUGCGGUCAACCAGGACUACCUGAUAGCUACGCAUUAAUUUACUGGUUGCCUGACUACCAUUUCUGGUAUGGAUUGGCAGUUGGAGCAUGUCCAUCAGAAACUGAAGAAGCUACAGAAAAUCAGUCGGUGAUGAUCUCGUUCAAGAACUGGAGGCUGAAGUAAGCACCGUCUUGUUUCGCUUCCUCCAUCAUCUGCUCAGUUCAUGGUCUCCUCUACUGCCUUCUUGCUUCUCAGCAGUGCAUUGGGUGAUACUGAGCUCAUGCUAUCGAUGAAUGGAUGGAGGUGGAUGUCCAUGGUGGGGUCGUCACCGAAUUUGACGUUGCUGGAGAUGUUCUCGUCGAGCUCGGCGAAGAGAGCCUUGUCACCGUUCAUGUAGCUCGAGGCACCCGUGUGGAGAAUACGGGAGAUGCUAGGCCUUGUAGAAAGCUUUGGAUAAGAAGAUAGGAAAAGAAGCCGCCCUGUUUGUAUAUCGUUCUGCGAUAGAUCCGCACGACUCCAACACCGUCAGAUUUAGAUCG